AGUGAUUAUUCAUCAGUGAUAAAUAUACUUCUAAACAGUUGACAGUGAUUAUUAAUUUCACUGCAGUAGAAACUAAAUCGACGGAGAAUUGCGUUACAAAAUGCCUAGUGCGGAAAGGGGAUCAACAGUUCGAGUGCUCGAGUUCCACAAAUUUGCGUCCCAGAAAAUAGUACCAUGUGACGAGACGCCAACAGCCCUAUGUUGCCAUGGCAACCGGGUGUUCGCUGGGUUCGCUACAUCUCGGAUAGUGGUGUACGAGUUGUCUGAAUUGGGCAAUACAGGUUACAUCAAGUCAGCCGUUCUGAAUACUGUGGGAGUGCCUGCAGUCAUCAAGUACUGCCCCAUAGCCAAAACAAUCAUAUCGUUCGAAAGUGACAACAGCUUCCCUGCGAAUCCCGAGGUCUCCACCUACGAAUCGGGUGAACCUAAAGUGCAUGUCUACCAAUUCUCGCAAUGGACUCCCGAUCGCAUGGAAAAGUCUCUAAAAAUAGUCAGAGUCGGGCGGACUACUGCUCAAAACUACCGAGGUGACAUUCUAAGAAAACCGGCAUAUGAAGUCAUUGAAAUUUCUCUGGAUGACGGAACCGAACCCGGUUCUCUGGACAGUGGACUUAAAAAAAACUGUGCCAUUGAUGUUUGUCCAGUGACUGCUAAUCUGGCCUUAGCUUGUGGUCCCAAGGUGUCUGUGUAUAGACUAGUGUAUGGAGGCGUGGAGAAGAAUUUGCUGGACUAUGAGUUGAUGCUACAGAUCACGACUAUGUUUGCCAGUGUUAGCUAUGUGGAGAUACUCAAUAGUCACUUCAUUGUAGCAUCUGGGUCCAAAGUGCAAGUCAUAAACAUAGAAGUUGACAAUACAGCGCCAGUCAAGAAAACGUCAUACGCUUCUUUAAUGAAGUCAAACAGUUUAAGCUACAGGUCUUCAUCGCCCGCCGAUCACAUGAGGUCAAAAAUCUCCCUCCCAUUCUUGAAGAAUAAAUUCAGCUCAACUGACUCUUUGAAAGGAGCAUCGAGUGAGGAAAAGAUGUCCGAAAGCAGUAGCCAAUUGUCAGUUACUAGUUUCGGACUGGAUAUGGAUCGUAAUUCUUUCUCCUCGUCGGCAUCCCAAACAAAGGCAGCGUUCAAGAAAAAUUAUAGCAUAUCGACACUUGACUUGGAAAAGGCGAUCAUGUCACACCUGAAGCUGCCGAAUCCGAGUGUGGUGUCUCCAAUCCACUCUCCCGAAGGCAGCUGCUCCUCGUUCCUGUUUAAUCAGUCGGAAGUUGUCGUGCCUCGAGAGACCCGCUCGGCCCCUUUUCAUGCCACUUCAACCUCUGCUAUGACUGCCGGGUUGCUCGGACCCUCUUUCCUGCCUCUGGGCAAAAUGGUGGAAGUGGAUUGGGCAAGACAAUUUGAGACUGAUCAGAUCAAGUUCAAAAGGAGACAGAUGGCCAAUUUGUGUGUGAAAUAUCUCUUCUUCAGACAGAUGAGACCCAGACUGGUUUCAGUUCAGUUCUCGCCUAGGUUUUCCAAAGUAUCGGUGGAAGGCAUAAAAGCCCUGAACAAUUCAGUUUUCACACCCUUCAACCCGCCGAAAUGUGGACAACACCUGACCCAACUCUCCCUGAUAAUAGCCGGACCCCAUCUGGGUAUCUCAGUUGACCUGACUGAUGAAAUAAACACUGUGGUCGAAUUCCCCUUUGCUGGCGAAUGUCUUUCCAUGUGCGGGGACGAGUGCUUCAUGUACGUCGUGUUCAAAGACUACCUAGAAGUCUAUACCAGUAAACAUUUGAAUAUAGAGUGCGCGGUCAAAGAGGAUAACGUUGACUCCUCGAAAUUGGCAAAGGUUCCGCAAUUUCUGGCUGAUCUUUGGAUGAACCAGCCUAUUUUCAUGUGUGGAAGACAGAACUUUUUUGCGCUCACUAAAUUGGAGCGAUCCAAAAUCAGCAAUGAUUCGAUUUUAUUGCAAAGUGUCUUUUCGCCAUCCAAGUUCGGAGGUGUGCAGAAUAGCAAGACAGUGAGUACAGUGUACUGUCUGGUGAAGGAAAGUGUGUUGGAGUGCUGCCAGGCUAUGCUGGUCAGAGCAGAGAAUCUCAGAUGGGUGGCCCAGAGUCUCUAUCUUUCGGUCGUUCUUGAAGUGUGGGUGCUACUUCUCAACAACUACAACACCCAGCACCAGAGUAUGUUCCGAUCAGUGUCCAGCAAACUCCUGGAGAGUCUCGCUCUCACUCCGGCUCUCAGUGAGAUUUCCUUCCACAGAGUGGUGAAGAGCAACUCGAAGACUAGUAGAGUCCAAACUGAACAGUAUGUUCCCACUGUGCCGAAUGCGGUGUUGAAGUUCUUGAUUGACAACAGUGAUAUAUCGAGUGCGGAUUUUCUGGACAAUCUAUGCUUGUGUGCGGAAACGAACCAGGGAAUGUCGAUCGAUGUGUGUGCAUUGAAUUUUCUAACUGAAAGCCGUGAGUCAAUCGAGUUGCUGCGAAAUCGGGUCGAAGAGAGCCCUAAAAUCCUCACAGACCUUCUCAAACUAUCUCUAAUCUACGCCCCACACUUGAUAUCGAAGCUAUUAUAUGGCUCCAAAUUUCAAUUCUCGCGUCACAUGUCAGCUAAUGAUAUCACCGCCUUUUACUCGAGAGAAACGCUUGCGACUGGUCAUUCUUACAUUUUAUCGGCGUUCGACAAAGUGGCAAAAGCUGCGACACACGCAGCAUGUAGUCAAUUUGAUCUUUUCGGCCAAACGCUAUCUUCGAUUAAAUUGGAUGAUUUUCUUCGAAUUAUAACAGACAAUGUCAGUUUGUUUUUCUGCCCAAAAGAGUCAAAUCAAUUUCUGCCUAUUGAGCGUUCUGCUAAAAUCACUGUUGAAGAUCACAGGCCCACAAAAUUUGCUCUGCUUUUGAGCAAAAUGCAUCCAGAAUUCUAUGUGUCCGCUUUGGCCGAAUUGUACAAAGCGGGUGAUUUGAGAAAAGAAGAUACUGUCAAAUUUUGUACAGCAUGUUAUUUCGACGAAAUUAAAAAAGUAUUCGAUAACUGUGAAACUCUUCGAAACCCGAGUUUGAGAUUUCUGCUUGAAAAGAUUGUCAGCAGCGCUACUUUCAGUAACGAAUAUGGCAAAGAUCUCUCUUGUGAUCUUUAUAUAGCUGCAGUGAUCAAAAUGUAUCUUCUAGAAGAUUCUGAAACGGUAACAAAAGCGCGUCAGUUGGACCGAAGACAGACCAAAGUUUCCAGAUUGCCGUUAAAAACUGAGUUUUUCGACCAAUGUGUUCGAAGUAUGAUCGGGGAUCGCAAUUUUGAGUGGGUCAAAAUACUGUCGCCUUUUUACAGCAUUGCAAAAGAAAUGGAUUGCUGCAAGAAAACAAAUUUGUAUGGUGACCUUACCCCACAUCGCAAAAAGAACAUAUCCGCCGCUGGAGGUAGAAAAGACGGAAGUUGCGAAGCGCUGCCCUGCCCGUGUCUAACUUGUCGUCAAAAUAUCCUCGCAGCUCAAAGUCUCCUAACUAACGAAGAUCUUCCUCUGAGAGAAGAAAGCUUGACUCAGUUGAAAGACUGGCUUUGUAGGCACUAUGAAAUAUUGAGUCGCGAAAACCUUGUGUCGGUAACGGGUUAUUAUGAAUCAACCGAAAAGUUGAUUGAGCUUAAACUCGAUUUCAAGUCUCUUAUUUUAGAAUCUCUGGGACGAAAUGAUUCUGGAUUCCUAUGUGCUCUUUUGGCCCCAAAUGUGAAACAAAUGACUUUGAAAGACGUAAAAGAUUUGUACCUCGAAAUUUCCGAGACCAACUCCGACACUUUGGAAGUCGAGCUGGUGAUAUUACGUCAUUUGUCGCAUUACAUAACAGUGGAGCAAAUGGUUGAUAUGAUCCCUGCCGAGCGGAAGUUGGAAAAGUAUAUCGAAGUUUUGAAAUUGUGUGACAAGCGAGAGCGUAAUAAGGGAGAUGAAAGUAAGAGAAGAAGCACUAAUUACAGAGAGCGCAGACCAUCUGGUCCUAUGAUUCGAAUCAACGACAUGGAGACUCGAAUGGGACGCCUAUCUUCGGAAUUCGUCAUGUGAUCGUUUGAUUGAUCAUGGAUAAUAACAAAAUUGUAUCAAUGACAAUUGGUGAUAAAUAACAGUAUAAAUUGUGAAUACCAAGUUAUUUUAUUAUCA